AGAAAAAUGUUGCAGUUUUUGACACAUUCAUGAUAUGAUAUUAUGAUAUCUCUGUCGUUCGAAAGCUUAUGUGCGAUUUACAUGAGAAAAAUGCCUUUAAAUUUAGAAAAUAUUGCAGGCGUGUUGAGAUAUUCAUGAAAGAAAUGUCAGGUUAGGUUGGAAUGGUCCAUCUCUCCUGUAAAAGAUACGUGGUAGCUCCAACGCCAGUAUAUACGCGGUGACGGAUAAUUUUUCAUGUACUUGACGUCGAGAUGCUACCGCGUCUCUAGAUACGAGAGCUUACAGAGCAAAGCAACUUAUAUCUCAAUUCAAAAUAACAAAUACUUGCUAGUUACCAUAGCAGUUACCGGUCGGUGAGCGUUGGGGACAAAAAGUCGAUUAAUCGACUACCGGUCGAUCAGUAAUUGACGUUCAACGUUUUCAACCCUUUUUGGCGAAUUGGUAUAAAUUGUUAAAGGCAUCAACGAAUGUCUUCCUUUAAGUAAAAUUAUCAAUACGAUCGAGUAUCAGAAAGUUUGACGAUGUGCGAAAUUUACCGUUUGUUGGAUAAUUAUACUGUGGAUGUUCACGAAUGCCAAAACGCGUUUAAAGCGAGUGACGGAAAAAAAUCUCAUUUACAAAGAACAUUUACUAUAAAUAGCACUUACUAAUACGAAUUGGAGCAUCUGUGACAUGUAUUAUGAAAUAUUUUAAGAAGUAAAUAGGGCCGAUCGAUAAAUGCCUGGAGUUUGUCCACGCUGUAAUCGCGAGGUUUACUUCGCAGAAGAAAAAUUGGCUCUAGGAAAAGUCUGGCAUACGUUUUGCUUUUCCUGUCGUAACUGUCGAAAAUUGCUGAAUAGUUGCAGUGUGGUGACUCAUCUCGGUGAAUUAUUUUGCAAGAGUUGCUACGUUCAUCUAUCAACCGUAAAUCAUGAAAUCAAAGGAAUACCUAACUCGCCUGCAACCGUAGAGCUUUCAGCUCAGGACUCGUUGAACUGUUACCGGUGUAGCGGUCAAAGUUCUAUCGAUAACGUGUCGUUAAGUAGAAAACAACAUUGCAAAUUCGACGCGUGUAGACUUCGUGGCGGAGGUAGUGAAGUUGAAGAGACAAACGUUUCUUUAGACGAAGAGAAAAGGUAUUUCUUAGAAAACGAAUGUGCAAAUCUAGGUAUUGCCAAUUUGAUGACAACAGUUUGUGAUCCUCCACCCAGCCCUACUGCAGUGACCACAUGGUACAAUCGACAGCAUUCAAAGUUUCGCAGUACACUACCACUGGAGCCGCAGAAGAAUACCGUUAUCGCGAAAGACUGUCGAUACGAAGUACGGCAACAAGAAAGCGACCUGUCCGAGUUGAAGUCUUCGCUUAGCAAUAAUGAAAUCGACGUCACAGACCCUUCGCUAAGAUUUUUGGAAGUGGUGGAACGAUGUUGGAAAAAUCAAAAACCGAUAUUUGUUUAUAUUAUUACCUUAAUUUUUGAUGUGACCAUGUUCAUAUUGUGAGAGUUUUAAUACCUUAUUAUCGUUAUCAAUAUACAGUGGGUGUAGAAUGUAUUCGUACACCGAUCAAUUUCUCAAAAAAUUUGGGGGAAAUUGUAGUUUCUUAACUUCCUCUUUUAUAAUCAAUGAUAUUUUACAUAUUCUCGGAAGUCUCGAAGAUAGAUAUAGUUCAAACAACAUUUACUAGUUAAUAUAAUUUGUGAAAUUAACAAAAAAAUGCGAAAAGUGGGUAAAAGUAUAGAAGCAAUAAGUAUUUGUACGAUUCUUAUGCCGAACCAUUUACAGCAGAGUUUGUAACGUAAACACAUUAGUUUAUUGCUCCGUGAGAAUUAGAAAACAUCAAAUUUCCAGGAAAGUACUUUUAAACAGUUGUGUGAAUAUUUAUUGCUUUAACACUUCUAUCGAUUAAUUGUUUUUUCCUUGUUAAUUUCGCAACUUACAUAAAUAGCUAUUUUUUUUGUAAUCUAUCUAUUCUAGAGAUUUCCUAGAACAUGUAGAAUGUCAUUGUUUAUAAAAAAUAAGCUAAUAAAUUACAAUUUUAUACAGUUUUUUGGGAAAUUGAUCGCUGUACGAAUACUUGCUACACCCACUGUAUGAUUUUUUCAGAUUUUUUUGUAGAGGUGUAUCACAUACAAAGAAAUUAUAAUUCGAUAUUUCCUUUCGUGCGUAGAACAGUAAUAUAUUCGGGUUUUUGAUAUUUUUACUGCAUUGAAUGGUUAUUAUAUACAUGUUCAAAAUAGUAUGUAUCAAUAUGUAUCAAAUAAUAUAAAACUUAAAACAUUAGAAAAAAUGUCAAAAAAGACCAAUGAAUAUUUAAUUUUUAGAUGAGUCAUUGUUAUGAAUUUAGAUAUGCCAGGCUUAUUCUAUGGACUUGUUUUCUUUGCUAUUGAGAUUUUCAGUGGGUAUUUUGUUAUUUCGUUUAUUUACGUUUAUAUUCAGGAGAACUUUUAGUUCUCAACGAUUAACAGGAAAUUCUGAGUUUCUUUUGCUUGUGAAUAGCAAUUGACGUAUCAUAAACCGAUGGAGUUGGGUUUUCCUUGGGAAGGCUGGGAACGUAAGGUUGGGAAGUAAGGCUAUUUUGAAGAGUCGUGCUGAUAUGGCCGGAACUGUUUAUUUUAUUGUAUAAAUAAAGAAAAGUGAACAUUGUUCAAAUGGAUACGGGAGAAAAGUCAAAACUUACAUACGGAAUUUGAUCGUAAUUCUUAAAAUCUUAACUUGUCCAAUACAUGCAAAACUACUUUUAAUAUGCAUACAACGACCAUACGAUGGAAUAAUAUCAACUACCCGAAUAUAUUACUCCUUUGCGCACGAAAAGUUAGAAAAUAUCGAUUCAGAAUUUUUUUGCAUGUGAUUCACCUCUCCAAAAAAUCUGAAAAAAAUUAUAUAUAUUGAUAUUAUAGUAUAUUGAUAACGAUAAUAAGCUAUUAAAACUGUCACAAUAUGAACAUGGUUACAUGAAAAAUUAAAAUAAUAAUAUUAACAAAUGUCGGUUUUUGAUUUCUCCCCAACAUCGUUCCACCACA